AUGUCUGCCACUCAAGCGACGUCCGACUCCCUACCAGGCACCGAUGCAACCUUCGAAGCAGAGAUCACCUCAGCGGGGAAAUUUCUGCUGUCAGAGCUGAACUUAACGCUUGAUUCAGUGAUAGGCUACCUGAAUCCUACCACGCGUGACUGCCAUGCCGACUCGGAUGACGAUUCUGACUCUGACCGAAGGGAUAUCUUCGUCCUCGACUGGGAUUUCCACGUGAGAGACCCUGCGUCACCUCGGCCACGGCAGCGCGAUUUAACACCGGCCACCGCGUUCAAAUACAAUACGCUGGAUGACUCCAUGAAUUUACAUAUGCUCAAGAAUGGAGAUGCAUAUCGCGGUACGAUCCAGGUGCUAUUGAUCCGUACAGUCGACGUCGUCGGCCAACCAGAUUUGAUGAUAAUCAAAGUAUAUGGCAACGAGCCGCAGGAUUGGCACGCUGAGUGGUGCACGGACUGCAACACUGAAGACGCUGUAGUCUAUUUUGAGUGUGGGCCGACGCGCAGAGCGCAUGCGACGAACGCGGAGGUAUUCUAUUUGAUGAACACGAGAUUUCCUCCGGGUCGCGUCCCCACGCAACUCGGGGAGUCGAUAUGUUUUCGAGUUCGACAUGGGGAUGUGGCGGCGCUAAUGACGGCUUACGUCAUGCUCUCACGCCCCGCGACCUCAGCGCUUCAGUCCGACGACUUGCAGCCCGUCAUGCUACAUGCGACGGCGCUCAACGCUCACGGCGUCCACCAUCCCGCAGCUGCAGCACCUCCGUCGCAGCCCCGCCGUCGCAGUCCGUCCGAAGCCCGCCCGGAACGAAGGGACCCGCCAGCUGGCGGGUCGAAGCACGGCGGCCUAGCCCGCGAGGACGUCCGCCAGGUCGACAUAGGAGAUGCGCGACGACUCUCUGCGAAACGUUGGCAGGAUGUCGCUUUUAUGCGGAGUCCUGUCCAAGGCGUCGACCACCUCGUUUCACGCCCUCGGAUCUGGACGGGGCAGUCUCAGCUACGCGGCAACAGAAGCAAAGUCGGCGAGUCGCGCAGCCGGUGGAGCGGUACCGUAGGAGGAGCCAUGCCAGGGUGCGAAGAAGAGAAAACCCCUUACCACGUACUUGCCGCGCCGAAUGCGCUAGCGAAGGCGACGCUUCGCGCGAAGAUAUCCGAACUGCAGCCCACGCCUCGCCCGCCCAUCCGUCGCCCCCGUCUCGCCCCGGUCGUCCGUUUUGGUUUCGACCAUGCGUUGAUGACCGGGCGUCCGCCCCGAAUACUCCAUGCACGUUCUCCGGGCGCCGAGGCCGACUCGGACACGCCCGCCAGUCGCAUAUCAUCAGGCUCGUUCGCCGCUUGA